AUGAUGCAGAUGGUUCAUUUCGUUGAUAAACUGAAUCUGUGGCACCGGCUACCGGUGUUCUUGGGGAUACUUUAUCUCGGAGCCCGGCAACAUCUUCUAAAGAAAUACAAGUUGAUCAACGUCGGUGAAAAACCUACCGGCAUCAGAUCAAAUCCGGCGGAUUACCCUUAUCGAACGGCUGAUGGAAAAUACAACGACCCUUUCAAUAAAGGGGCAGGCAGUGAAUUUUCAUUUUUCGGGAGGAAUAUGCUACCUGUUGAUCAGCUUAACGAGAUUGAGCUUAGUGCACCUAAAGAAGUUGCAAGUGAGUGCCCUCUCAAGUCCUUUAAGUUUUACAAGUCCAAGGAAAUUCCUACGGGCUCUUAUGAAAUUAAGACUGGUUACUUGAACAGGCGUACCCCCUGGUGGGAUGUAAGCGAAGUAUAUGGUAGCAACACAGAUGUUUUGAAGAAAGUAAGAACGUUUAAAGACGGGAAGUUGAAACUAUCAGCAGAUGGGCUCCUCGAACAAGACGAAAAUGGAAAAAUCAUAUCUGGUGAUGUUCGCAACACUUGGGCGGGACUUUUGGCUCUGCAGGCUCUCUUUGUUCAAGAGCACAAUGUUGUUUGUGACGCCUUGAAGAAAGAAUAUCCAGAAUUGGAGGAUGAAGACUUGUAUCGUCACGCAAGGCUUGUUACUUCUGCUGUAAUUGCAAAAGUUCACACUAUAGAUUGGACUGUUGAGCUUCUUAAAACCGACACCCUUCUUGCAGGAAUGCGUGCCAAUUGGUAUGGAUUGCUAGGGAAGAAGUUCAAGGAUACAUUUGGGCACAUUGGAGGUUUCGUUUUGAGUGGUUAUGUGGGAAUGAAGAAACCUGAGAAUCAUGGAGUGCCCUAUUCCUUGACAGAGGAAUUUGUGAGUGUCUAUCGAAUGCAUCAACUCCUGCCCGAUACACUUCAGUUGAGGAAUAUCGAUGCUACUCCUGGACCAAACAAAUCUCUCCCUUUGACCGAUGAGAUACCAAUGGAAGAUUUGAUUGGGGGUAAAGGAGAGGAAAAUUUAUCAAGAAUUGGAUUUACUAAGCAAAUGGUUUCAAUGGGCCACCAAGCUUGUGGAGCUCUUAAUCUUUGGAAUUAUCCAAUGUGGAUGAGGGAUCUUGUUCCCCAAGACAUCGAUGGAAAUGAUAGGCCAGAUCAUGUCGACCUUGCAGCUCUUGAAAUUUAUAGGGACAGAGAAAGAAGUGUUCCUCGGUACAAUGACUUCCGAAGGGGGCUGCUGCAAAUUCCAAUUUCUAAAUGGGAAGAUUUGACGGAUGAUGAGGAAGCUAUUAAAACGCUUCGUGAAGUUUAUGAUGAUAAUGUGCAAGAAUUGGAUCUGUUAGUGGGACUCAUGGCAGAAAAAAAGAUAAAAGGCUUUGCCAUUUCUGAAACUGCCUUUUUCAUAUUCCUCGUCAUGGCAGCAAGGAGGCUAGAGGCAGAUAGAUUUUUCACUAGCAAUUACAACAAGGAGACAUACACGGAAAAGGGACUUGAAUGGGUGAAUACAACUGAAAGCUUAAAAAAUGUACUAGAUCGACAUUACCCAGAAAUGACUGGGAAAUGGAUGAACUCCACUAGCGCCUUCUCUGUAUGGGACUCUUCUCCAGAACCUCACAAUCCUAUUCCCGUCUACUUUCGUGUUCCUCAACAGUAGACCCCUCCCUCAUCAGUGUACUUAUCAAAAUAAAAAGAAGUGAAUUGCGUUUUUGGUUAACUUUUUUACCUGCACGUUUGUAUUAAGACCCAUGUACUAUGCUCACUUGUUUGAUUUGGUAAGCCAUUUUAUAAAACCAUUCCAGUUUGUAAUAUGAUUUUCCUGAUUUGAAGUUAAUGUUGUUCAUCUUUUAUGUAAUGUUUCUUGACGAGUGAAUUGUAAUCCCUUUAUGU